AUGGCUAGAUAUGCACCAUCAUUUGUUGAUACAAUGCAUGACAGGGUACGUAGAUUUGUGGGAGGGCUUAACUCAGACUAUAUCGAGGCUUGUUUUACCGCUGCGCUAAAUGAUAAUAGGGAUAUCUCGUGGAUUCAGGCCUUCGCACAGGGCAUAGAGGAUCGCCGACAUCUACAGUAUACAAGUGAGAGGGUCGAGAGAGAGAGACAGAAGAGGGCUAGGCCCACUGGCUCAGGUGAGGAUUCACGAGCAUCAGGCUUGCAGCAGCAGAGGGGUUUCGGCCAGGCUAGGACAUCCCCGUCGUGUUGCAUUACUUGCGGUAGGAUGCAUUUCGGGAGGUGCAGAAAGGGUUCCACAAGUUGUUAUUCUUGUGGACAGGAGGGGCAUGGGUGGAGAAACUGCCCUACCAUAGGUCAAGGUGGUACAGGUCAGUCGACCAGGUCAACAGUAGGUUCUUCCUCGUCAUCAGCACAGUCUACAGGGCGUGGACCCCAUACAUCAGCACGUAGGGGUAGAGGCGGAGGCAGAAAGGGAGCAUCUAAUUUUGGUAGUGGACAGAACCAUACAUAUUCAUUUACCGGUCGACAAGACUCAGAGUCAUCACCAGAUGUUGAGAAGCAGUUCGGGAAUGGAAAGGCGAUACAGCAACGCUGA